UUGUUAGUACUCAAGCAAAGCAUCCAUCCUAAGCAAACAUGGCUAUUGGCAUCUUCUCCAACCCUGCGAUCAUCGACCACAGUGGCAUUCCCCACGUCGGUCCUUGCCAGCGUAAUCGAUUUGACGAACUCGUAGUCCGCCUCAAAGAUGCCCUUGGUCCAUCGUCAGGCUUGACUUCGGAAGACGUGGACAUCGAUUAUCUUCAGCAACUGAUGGAAGGCUAUGAUAGCUCUGACAACCAAUGGAGUCGGUAUGCCUUUGGCGACAGUAGCAGGGGCUAUACCCGCAACCUCGUCGACGAGGGAAACGGCAAGAGUAAUCUGCUUGUCCUCGUUUGGUCUCCAGGAAAGGGGUCACCUAUCCACGACCAUGGAAAGGCGCACUGCUUGAUGAAGAUUCUUCGUGGCGACCUUACCGAGACUCGAUACGCUUUUCCGGAAAACAUCCAAGACGAGGGACCAAUGAAGGUCAUCGCGGAGACGAUAUACAAGUCGGGUGAGGUGGCAUAUAUGUGUGAUGACCUUGGUCUGCACCGUGUCUCGAAUCGUGGCAGCGAUUUUGCUGUCUCCCUUCAUUUGUACACUCCUCCCAACGUAGCCAAGAAAGGGUGCCAUAUUUUUGAUGAGAAUACAGGACGAAGAAGCCAUGUGCCUGGUUGCCACUACUACUCAGCAUAUGGGCGGCUACUCAAAGAAUAGUUGAUGAGUGUACGGUUUGGAUAGUGGAACAUGUUAUGAGAAACGACCUUGACUUGAUGUUGUCUGCUGGUGGUUCAUCCAGAUUGUUUUUCAGUAACCAGGUAAUGAUAGUUGAUAUGGGGGAGAGCAUCUUUGGUGAGCAGGCAUUUGCGUUAG